AUGAGAAAAAACCAAACGACUAUUAACCUUACUGCUGCUGGUCCUCAAGAUGAUGAUCCUGUUGGGACAAUUUUUCAAGUUGACUUGUCAAGUAGAAGUAGCUGGGUUUGGAAGUUUUUUCGUCUAGAACUUUGUAAAGAAGAAGGUGGAUGGUGGGGGAAAUAUGCUAUUUCAGAUCAUGAAGUUACGAAAGAUAAUCCACAUCCAAAAGAGCCAUCACAUUCAACUUCUGUUCAGCCACAUAGUGAAAAAAGACAACGAGAAUUACAAAAUAUGCUUGUUGAUUGGCCUAUUUCUGAUUCUCGACCACUAAUUAUUGUUUGGCAUCCUUUAUUUCGACGUUUUAUAAAUGAAUUAGAUCCAGCUUUCAUUAUUCCUGAUGUUAAGCUAGUUAAACAAAUUAUUCAUCAUGCUUAUAAUUACUGUGUACCACUAUUAUCAUGGACUCGUUUAAUACAAAUCAAAUCUUAUAUUGAACUUCUUAUUGUUCAUCUUACGACUCAUGAAAAUUCCGAUGAAUGUAAAGAUGAAAAGCUAUUACGUGAAAUCAAUUUAACACAACAAGAGUGGAUUUUGCUAAAAGAUCUUUUACAAGUCCUUGGUCCAUUUGCAGAAGCUACUCAAUAUUUGGGUAAAGAGAAAAUGUAUACAAUACUCUGUCAUUAUUAUCCUGAUCCGGCACCUCAAGAAUUAAUAUCUGCCUUAUUGGAUCCUCGGCUUAAGUCUUUGGAUUUUGUUAGUACUAUGAAUAAAUUAGCUACUGAAUGUGCUCUUAUGAACUUGUAUAAUAAAGAAAAAUUAUUAGAAAAUGAACAAAUCUCAAGCGGAUGUGAAGACCAAAAUUAUUUGAUAGAUAAUGAUCAAACCGACGAUUACAUGAUUGGCAAUGAUUUAUUAUAUACGCCUUGUUUAAUGAAGUCUUUGGAAAAGGAUGAUGAGCAA